UGAGAAUCACUGAUUUCGGGUGUAAAUGUGAAAGUAAAUCGGAUUUGGAUUUACUGCCGCCGGGGUAUUAAAACAGAGGCAAUUCACACCUACAGAGAACAUGUUUGUGUCGGUAGACGAGCGCGUGCCCAGUUUUAAAGGCUUUACAUUAAUUAUGCCUGCAGUGUCAGUAGGGAAUGUGGGGCAGCUGGCUGCAGAUCUGAUCAUCUCCACAUUAGACAUGGUGAGAGUCGGACACUUCCACACAGACUGUCUGAUCCCUAUGGCGGGAAAUAAUCCGUACGGCGUUGCUGAGGAGGACGCGGCUCUGCUCUGCACCAACGCUGAAGUUUACUGUCGCGGUGAUUUGCAGUUGGCUGUGCUGCAGAUACGCACCCCCAUUUUACCGACGAAGAUGAAAUCUUUCCGUAAAACACUGCUGUCCUGGAUUAAAACUAGCGGAUUUUCCAGAACGGUGCUGCUGUCGAGCUGCCACGCUCACCACCGCGACGACCAGCAGCUCCUCAGCAGCUCUCCUCUGAGAUACCUGCUCACUCCGGCUCUUCGGGAGGACGUAGAGGGGACGCUGCAGAGUUUGGGGUGGAGGGAGAUGGAGAGAGUGAGCCCUUUCCCUGGAAUCACUGAUUCAGACAGCCUGCGGCUCUACAUCCCGGGAGGAGGCGUCACCAAAGCACUCUACAACGACUGCUGCAGUGAGAACAUGUCCAUGGCAGUACUGCUGCUGUUCUGCUCGGAAGGAGACAACGUCCCCGACACAUUCACUCUCGUCAAUCACCUGAAUGACUGGCUCCACCUGCUGGCCAAACCAGUUCAGGGCUCUGUUCCAUGGAGAAUCCCGUCUUCCUGGAGGCUCCUUUUUGGAAGCGGUGUUCCUCCUCUGAUCUUCUAAACUCCACUGAGACACAGGAGACGACGACCGGACGCGUUUCUGAAACAUCGUUGAAGUCUGGACUGUGUGUUGUACAUCACUUACACACAAUAAUAAUCACGUGUCUCCUGAUUCAGUUCACGUGACACUUUGAACCCGGAGUGAAGGUGUAAAGCUUUGCCAGAUUCGCUUGUCUUAAAAAUAAAUGGUAAUUAUGUAAAACGUCUGAUUUUCAUUAAACACAGUGACUUUUCUAAAA